GCAGUCCGCGGCUCUUCCCGCGUGAGGCGGCGGCGGCGGCGCGGCCCGAGCCGGUAUGGGGUGCGCGACGGCGGCGCGGCGGGACGGCCCGCGGGCCCUGUUGCUGCCUCUGGUCCUGGCCGUGGCGUGCGCGGCGCGCAGCGCCGACGGGCCCAGCAACAUGUCCUACGUGAAGGAGACGGUGGACAGGCUGCUCCAGGGCUACGACAUCCGCCUCCGGCCCGACUUCGGAGGUCCGCCCGUGGAUGUGGGCAUGCGGAUAGAGAUCGGCAGCAUCGACGUGGUCUCAGAAGUCAACAUGGACUACACCCUGACCAUGUACUUCCAGCAGUCCUGAAGGGAUAAAAGACUCUCUUACUCUGGAAUACCUUUGAACCUAACUCUGGACAGCAGAGUGGUUGACCAGCUCUGGGUGCCGGACACGUAUUUCCAAAAUGACAAGAAGUCAUUUGUCCAUGGGGUGACAGUGAAAAACCGAAUGAUUCGACUCCAUCCAGAUGGAACAGUCCUUUACAGCUUACGGAUCACAACAACAGCUGCUUGCAUGAUGGAUCUACGCAGAUAUCCUCUGGAUGAACAAAAUUGCACACUAGAAAUUGAAAGUUAUGGAUACACUACUGAUGAUAUUGAAUUUUACUGGAAUGGAGGAGAGUCAGCAGUAACAGGAGUUAAUAACAUUGAGCUCCCACAAUUUUCUAUCGUUGAUUACAAGAUGGUAUCAAAGAGGGUGGAAUUUACAACAGGAGCGUAUCCUCGAUUAUCACUGAGCUUCCGGCUUAAAAGAAAUAUUGGAUACUUCAUUUUGCAAACCUAUAUGCCUUCCACACUCAUUACAAUUCUGUCGUGGGUAUCUUUUUGGAUCAAUUACGAUGCCUCUGCAGCCAGAGUUGCUCUAGGAAUCACAACUGUGCUGACCAUGACCACCAUCAGCACCCACCUCAGGGAGACCUUGCCAAAGAUUCCCUACGUCAAAGCAAUAGAUAUUUACCUGAUGGGAUGCUUUGUGUUUGUGUUCCUGGCCUUGCUGGAAUAUGCCUUUGUAAACUACAUAUUCUUUGGGAAAGGACCUCAACGUCAGAAAAAGGCAGUAGGCAGGGCAGGACGUGCUACAGGCAAGAAAGGCAGACUGGAAACAAAUAGAGUCCAGGUUGAUUCCCACGGAAGCAUGCUGCUUAACCCACUUGAAAUACGAAAUGACAUCAGCAGUUCAGACGUGUCCACAAGCCUCCGUGGCAGCCACGCCACCAUGUACACAUACGACAGUGCCAACCUGCAGUACAGAAGAGCUACUUCCAGCAGAGACCUCUACAGUAGGAGUGCUCUGGACAGGCAGAGGCUUCAUAAGAAAGGACGCUUACGAAGGAGGGCGUCCCAGAUCAAAGUCAAAAUCCCUGAUUUGACUGAUGUUAACUUGAUAGACAAAUGGUCCAGAAUGGUCUUUCCCAUCACAUUUAUUCUUUUCAAUGUUGUUUACUGGCUGUAUUAUGUACACUAAUUUAUGCCAUAACAUUACCAUAGACUAAUAUAAUUAAACUUGUUUCUUUUC